CUAUCCGCAGGCAUUAAGAAACAUUCUCGUGCGCGUGCGGAGGAGGAUGCAGAUGCAGUGAUCACUCGCUAACCGCGCGCGCCCGAAUGUUCAUCGAGCGCGCCUCUAAUCGUCGAGCGUGUCGCGCGUUGUGUGUUCGGUGCGAGUUAAACGCCAUAUUAUGAGACGAACACCUUCCGCGGUCGAUCGUUUCUCGUAUAGCGUGCGUACGCUCGUCGACCUCGAUCUCGGUUGCACAAUUGCUCCGUUUUCCGAGCGCGUCCCACGAGACGGAGCGCGCCGUCAGCGCGAGCGAGCAUAACUCGCGGGGUGUCGCACCACGAGGAGUUGAGCUUUAAAUUACGAUCUCUCCCGUCUGUCAUCGGGAGCCCGUCCGUCGCAGCGACUCCGCUGCUCCAGUUUGCUCCAGCUGCGAGUAUACGCUGCCCAAGUUGAUAUCCUGCCUGCCUAGGAGAAAGAGCGGUUAGGCCUUAAAGUCCACACACAUCUACACGUACGCACACAUACACACACGUACGUAUUUUGCGUUCGGCUGUAUCACACUGCAGGUCUAUACGGAAGCUAACGGGAGCCUGAGAGCCGUUCAAUUCAGGAGGAAGAGGAAGUAUUUCGCGCGGAGCAACGGUCGCAUAAUGUUGAAUGCGAGUCCCACGGAGGCGCCGAGGUUCGAACUCGCGAGCUUAGCAUUAUCGUUUUGCACAAGGAAGUGUCGAUAAGGGUAGAUAUAAGAUACGGAAAGGGGGCGAGGAAGAGGAGCAAUGACAAUUACGUAAAGGUGUCAACAAACGUACGUCAAAACAUGCCGAGUCGCGUGCUAGCCGGAGGUGGUGCACCGCGACGCCUGUGAACGUCACGCGGGUCGACCGUGUAACGUGACCACGACGACGAUGCUCCGCGUCGAUGUCACGCGUGGCACGUGCUGCUGUAUUACGGAACGUCGAGGCUCGUCGAGGUCGGAGGUUCUUCCACCGUCGUUGUGAACGUCCACGACCACGGGAUCUCGGAUGCCGAUGAUCAUGGCGCAGGAGAGCGAGAAGUAUCCGCUUCACAGGUGUAUCUUUCAAGGGGACGUGAAGACGCUGAACAUCUUGAUCAGAACGCACGACAUUACCGAAAAGGAUAAACAAGGAAACACCCCUUUGCAUUUAGCUGUGAUGUUAGGAAGAAAAGAAUGUGUUCAAUUACUGCUUGCACACGGAGCACCUGUAAAGGUGAAGAAUCUAGCUGGUUGGAGUCCAUUGGCUGAAGCAAUCAGUUACGGAGAUAGACAAACCAUAUCAUCUUUAGUACGUAAAUUGAAGCAACAAGCGAGAGAGCAAAUGGAGGAAAGGAGGCCGAAUUUAGUUGCUGCGUUGCAUCAAAUGGGUGAUUUUUAUAUGGAGUUAAAAUGGGAUUUUCAGAGUUGGGUACCGCUAGUCUCGAGAGUGUUACCGUCAGAUAUAUGUAAGAUCCAUAAAAGUGGGGCUUCAAUUAGGAUGGACACGACUCUUGUAGACUUUAAUGACAUGAGGUGGGAGAGGGGUGACAUAUCUUUCAUCUUCAAUGGUGACCAAAAGCCUAGCCAUUCAUUGACUGUCCUCGACAAUAAAGCCAAACUUUUCCAAAGAGUGAGAUAUGAGGAAACAGAGCUUGAGAUAGAGGAUGAAGUUGAUAUUCUUAUGUCUAGUGAUAUUAUGGCAGCGCAAAUGUCUACCAAAAGUAUCACGUUUUCUAGAGCACAGACAGGGUGGAUUUUUAGGGAGGACAAAAGGGAAAUGGUAGGCGCAUUCCACGCUGAUUUUUAUCAAAUCAAUGGCAUGGUGUUGGAAAGUAGAAAACGUCGUGAGCACUUAAGUGAGGAAGAUCUUCAAAAAAAUAAAGCUAUUAUGGAAUCCCUUACUAAAGGCAGCUCUCAAGGAUUUAAAAAUGGCGAGCCUCCUAUGAGAAGAGCAUCGUUGAAUCCGCCACCAGAGUCGAAUAUAACGUGGGACGAAUACGUCGUUGCGCCGAUCGGUCAGUGUCCGCUUCUAGGAAGAAACCUUGUCUACAAGGAAAGUAGUAAAUCUUUCAAGGCCACUGUGGCAAUGAGCCCAGAUUUUCCCCUCACCGUCGACAUGCUACUCAAUGUUCUGGAAGUGAUUACGCCGUUUAAGCAUCUAAGCAAGCUACGCCAAUUCGUACUUAUGAAGUUGCCCCCUGGAUUCCCAGUUAAGAUCGACAUACCGAUUCUGCCUACAGUCACUGCUAAAAUAACUUUUCAAGAGUUUGCCUUCCGAAACGACAUAGAUCCAGAAUUGUUUCAAGUGCCAUCAGACUACUUCGAAGACCCAAUGAGAGGUUACGAUUUCCAGACUUAUGACGCUUCGACAUCCUAAUAUUAAUCAAGAUCCAGCCUAUUCGGGGUCUGUUUUCUUCUAUGCUAGGGGACAAUCUGGCUUUCGUGAUUUCAGCCAGUCUGGAAGGCGUCUACGCGAGCCAUUACGUUGUUCAUUGAAUAACUUGUCAUCGUUUGAUCACAUCUAACAGCGAAUAGUGUCGAAUAUUUUCAAGAUGUUCGAUAAGCAAGUAAAAACUACCGAAGACAAUUAAUCUGCACUCAAAAAUCAGAGAAACUUGCAUACUAUUUAAUACUUAACUCAAUCACACGUUUGUCUACUUAAUUUGCGAAGCAUGUUAACGUUUAUAGGGAUAACGAGGAUCAUUCGUAUGUCGUGCCGCACUCGGAAAAGUAUAUACCAUGUACGAUGAGUGAUAUACAUAUACAUAUAAUCUGAUAUUUCAAAGUAUCACGUUUGGAAUUCCCACCUUUUGACUGUGUUUGGGAAUUAAAUUAAUGAUUUCUCACGCCGGAAAAUCUUUCUUAAACUCAUAUCAGAUCACGGCAAUGCAGAUUAAGAAUCGUAACGAGAUGGAGAUUAGAGUUUGACCAAUCGGAAACAAUCAGAACAAAGCGGACUAAGAUUAAAGUUAUCUUUUGGAAAAAUUUUUAUCUCCAAUUCAAAUCCUCGAUCUUCAGUGCCUGAUUUGACAUGGACUUUACGAUUCUCAGCCUGUCACUGCAAUCAUAUUUAAUUAUCUUAUCAAAUAAUUGUUAUUAUUAUAUAUUUAUAUUGUAAAAUAUACGUAAAUUCUUGUAAGGAAAAAAAUAACUUUGAUAAACAAUGAAAUAAAUAUAUUUCUGUAUGAUUGUUUAUUAUGUCCAGUAUGAUUGCAAUGAUUGGCCAAAGGGCUUAAUAAUCAAGCAGAGUAGACUAGAUGAAUAUUGCGAAUGUUUCUAUUCUACUCUUUUCGCAAAUUACCUAAUUUACACUAAUCAGCGAAGAUUUUCACAUUUAUUUCUUCGCUAUUCUCACGAGCAGUAUUUUUAUUGUCGAAACUUUUCGUAAAUGCCACAGCAUUCAAUCGGUCGUGCGUAAAAGAACGUUAAUUAAAAAAAAAAAACACUCUUCAGUAUUAUCAAUUUACAAUUAUAUAGUUUAUACUAUAAUAAUUGUAAUAAUGAUUGUUAUUUUUUUUUAGUACAAAACGCCGGUUUUAACGGAGUUAGCUUUUCAACCUUGCAUGAAAAUCAAUGCAUAAAGUCAUCUUUAAAUAUAACGAUUCGUACUCAUACUGCAUUCAGUACUAACUGUCGUUUACGUAAUUGUUGCAACUACAUGGAAUAUCCGACAAUUAUGUUUGCGAACGUUUAUU